UUAAAGUAACGUGAGGCAACGAGGGAUCAAUGUUCGCUUUACAAGGCUCAGGAUAUGUUCCUCUCUCCUCUUAUUGUGCUUAACCACUGUACACAUUGCUUCAAAAACUUUGCAUGAAAAGAAUGACUCCCCCUCUUCUAAUAAUGGAAUUGCUAUUCCUGAGUUGCUGUGUGCUAAACUAUGACUAUAUUUAUCUAGGGGCAGUCUGUCUGUGGCAGAGGAUACAUCAGACUGUUUAAAAUAGAUACUGAAUUCUCGUUUUCAAUUCAAAUUAGUUUCUACAGAGAGUUGAAUUAUGCUGCUGAAUUUUCAUCAGAGAAAUCAUUCUGCAGAUGCUAAUUUAUUUUGAACUCGGGAGCUUUUGUCUCUGAGAAGGGAGCAUACACCAAUGUCCUAAAAGCUAAACGGAGGGACAAUUGGCGAUCACUGUGGAUAGGGACGAAAAUAUCUUGGAUCAAAAUGGAGGCAGGCUCUGGACAGCAUCUUUUGAACAGAGAUAAUGGUGGAAGGCCUGAAUCCGUGGAACCAGCCAGUGUUGAGCCUAACCUGUAUCGGAUGUACCUAUCCUGUUUACCUGACCGCUACAUGAAGGCAAAAAUGAGCCUGGCAGCCUACCUCAUAGAUUGGGCCCUUGUACUUCUUUGCAAGCGAGCACUGGAUAGAAACUCAAACCUUCAGCCCCAGCAGGUUUCUGAGUCCAUAGAGAGUCUUUCUGGCCACUGUGAAUCUGAAGAGGAAGACGGUUCAGAAGAAGAACCACCAGGACCAAGCCAAGUUUCUCCUGAUGCACAACAUGAGUCAAAUAAAACUACCAUAGAAAAGACACCAGCAACAAGUGAAACAAAAUUAGAGCAUACACAUCUCUCUCAUCCUGAAAUAAAGAUCGAGGCAAAUGAUAUUGAUCCUAAUAACUUAGAAAGGCUAAUUCAUGCGUCAACUCAACCGCAGCUCAACACUAGUUCCUCUGAUACAACACCACAACUAUAUACACCAGAGAUAAGGACUCAGAAAAGUGCCUCCUGUCGAGAUUCUAAGCCUUAUGGCAUAUCCUGCAAGGCACAAGAGGAAAAUGGAACUGCACUAGAGCUGAAAUCAGAGAUAAGUGACAUUUCAGCAGAGAUAUCUGAAGUGAAUUUCAGCAGUUGUCUCAGCACACCCUCUGAAUCAAGUGUUGUUCAUUCAAGAACUAGUCAACCUGCACUCGAUACAGCAUCUGAAGCAAGUGACGUUUCCUCUGAGACAGAAUCAGAGAUAAGUGAAUUAUUUUUUCUGACAAAAUCAAGGAUAAAUGAACUUCCUUAUGAAUUAAAUUCUGAAAAAUACACUAGUUCUUUUGAAACAGAAACAGGCCACAAUGUAAUUGCAUCUUGGUCAGAAACUCUAUCUACUACUUUUCUUGAAGCACAUGCAAGCAGCAGUUGCCCUGAUUUGAAAUGGGACUCAAAUGAGAAUUCACCGUGUACAGAAGAACGGAUUGAAGUUUUCCCUAAAACAAAAGCAUUGCUAAGUAAGAUUCCUUUGGACAUUAACAUAGAGCCAAGUGUUCUUUCAUCAGAGGCAGUGGAGCCAAAAAGGAUUUCCCUAGGUAAACAAUCAGAGUCUGCGGCGAUUUGUCCUGGGAUAUGUCACACAUCCGAUGGAAUUAAACCAGAUCCGAGUAAAAUCUCUCUGACAGAGUCAGACUGGACUUUCUUGAACAGAAACCAAGUUUUAAGUGAAAUUCCCUUGGAAAUAAAUCGAGGUUCCACUGCAAUUUGUCCUGGGACAAAUAAGAUUCCUCCUGCUACUGUAACAGAUUCAAAGUCAAUCUGGACUCCUCUGGAUGUGAACCAAUACGGAAGUGAAAUUCCCCUUGAAAUAGAAUCAAAUCCAAUUGAGCCUUGUCCUCAGCUAACCAAGGUUUCUACUGAACUUAUAUCAGAGCCAGUCUGCCUUUCUCUGGAUGCAAACCGUGAUCUAAAUAAAAUUCCUAUAGAAGGUGAAUUAGAAUCCAUUGAGGCUUUUUCUGAAAGUGAAAUUUCAAAUGGAAUUAUAGCAGAGUUAGAAUGCUCCUGGAUUUCUCUGGAUGCAAACCAAAAUCCAAGUGAAACUUCCUCUGAAGUGCAGUCAAAUCCCACUGAAACUGAUCCUGAGAAAUGUGAGGUUUCUGCUGGGACAAAAUCCACCUGGUCUUCCCCAGGUGCUGAUCGAGAUCAAAGUGAAAUUCCCACUAAAAGAGAACCAGAUUCCAAUGGGACCACACCUGGAACAAGUGAGAUUUGCUGUGGAUUUGAAUCAAAGCCAGUCUGGCCUUCUCCGGAUGCAAAUCAAGAUGUAAGUGAAAUUCUUGUUGAAAUUGAACCACAUGCCACGAGGAAUCCUGUUGGGACAAGUGAGAUUUGUGCUGGAAUUGUAUCAGAGUCAGUCUGGCCUUUGCUAGAUACAAACCAAGAUCAAAUUGAAUUUUCCUCUGAAUUAAAACCAGAUUCCACUGCAACAAGUCCUGAAGCAAGUGAAAUUUUUGCUGGGCUUAUAUCAGAGCCAAUCUGGACUUCAUUGGACACGGAGCAAGAUCUAGGUGAGAUUCUAUUUGAAACCGAGCCAUUUCCCACUGCAAUCAGUCCUGAGGGAAAUGUGGUUUCUGCUGGGAUUAUCUCAGAGUCAGAGUCAAUCUGGUUUCCUCUGGUGGAUACAGGCCAAGAUUUAACUGAAACUCCUUUCGAAAUAGAACCAGGGCCCCCUGAGAGCUGCUCUGACACCAGGUCAGAAAUAAGUAAAAUCUCUGCUCUGAUUAAUUCAGAGGAAAAGAAUUCUUCCCUACUUGAAGGGGGCUCCGCAAAGUUGGAUACAAGUGCUCCUGAAUCAGAGGCCAAUCUAGAGCCACUUGGAAUUUCUAAUGAGAGCCAACAAGAGAUCACUGUAACAAAUCUUGUAACAGAACUGAGGACUAGUGAAGAAAACUCUGACCAACCUGGAUUCAUUGUUGAAAACCAGGUAGAGCUAACUAGGGCUUUUCAGGAGUCAGGUGAAUGCACAGACUUUAGUGAAAUCACUGAAAUUGAGACUAUUGCCACUGUGGUUUGCCACAAAACAGAUCAAGACCUGAGUGAAAUUUCUGCAGAAGUAAAAGGAGGCCUAAGUGACAAUAUUAGUGAAGGAAGUACAGAGGCUCUUCAUAAUUCACUUGAAGCAGAACCAGAUCAUGAUGAAAUUAGUUGUGAAACACUCACAGAGAGGUCCAAGACCGAGGAAAUUUCACGUGAUUCCAAUGUAGAAAGCAUACAAAGCGACAGCAUUGGAGCAGAACUGGAAUCAACCAAUUCUUCUGUUGAAACCAGGUUUGAAAGAACUGUGGGAGUUUCUCUUGAGACAGGAUCAGGGACAAGUGAGGAAUUAUCUGCCAGGACACAAAGAACAAAUUCCAUAGAAAAACGUAUAGCAGAUUCUCAGGAGGGAGAAUUAAAGUUCAGUCAGAGUUCUCCAAAGAGCCAAACAGAAUCACAGGAAGAUUUUGUUAAGGAUAAGCGAGGGGAAAUCAUUAACUUUAUAUUAACAGAAACAGAAGAACAUGAGAAUUUUCUUGACAGAGAUUUUGAGACAUUUGAGCCAAGUCAAAAGAACACUGAAGCACCAGGCCUAGAUAACAGUUCAUUGCACACUGCACCAGAGGCCAGAAGUCUAGAAAUACAACCACGUGAGAUUGAUCGUAGAAAAGACAGUGAAACAAACACAUCUUCUGCUAACACCGGGAGUUGUGUUGAUACAAGCUCAGAUGGUGAGGAUUGCAUUUCUGAGGCAGUAACUGAGGAUUUAGCUGAAAGGACAACAGAAGUAAGUGAAAUCAAUCCUGAAGACCCCAGUGCUAAAAGGGAAAAUUCUGUUAAGUUUACUGGUCAGGGCAGUGAUUGUCCACAUGAGCUGAUUAAACAAUCUUUUAAACGUUGCACCGGAACAAGUUCAGAAACAAAUAAAUCGUGUCCCUCAUUUAAAGAAACUACAAAACAAAACUCAUACAUAAGGAAUGUUUCUAAUGAAGAAGUAGGAGCAAAAGAGUUCUCUUCUCAAACUAACGUAGAACCAGGUGAGGCCAGUCUUGUUUCAGAAUCUGAGCAAAAGGAGAUUUUCAUUGAAGGAUUAUCAGUAUCACAUGAUACUUCUUCUCAACAAUUGGGUGGCACAGCAGAAACAAAUAAGAAAGAAACUACAAUCGAUACUGAAUUAGUGUCAACAUUCUUUCUUGUUGAGGCAUCAAGGGAUAGUAAUACAGCUCCUGAAAAUGGUACAGAAAAUGGUCAUUUCUGUAUUGGUGAUGUUGGAUCAAAGUCAAGUGACCUUCCUUUAGAGGCAGAGUUAGAAGACACUGGAAUUUCAAUCAGAAAUCUAGAUAGAAGAUAUAUGGCCCUUUCAGCAGAGGCAGGAACUCUGCAAGGUGAAGGCAAUGAUCAGUUGGAUUAUGAUGACAUUCUAGAUGAACAUCUAGACAGAAGUGAAAAUGGAAGCCAAGAGACAGUAAAACUAGAUGCUGAAUCCAGUGAUAUUGGACAAAUUGUUUAUGAUACUGAUGGUAACAGUACAACUAGUGAGGAAAUAGAUGAAAAUAUUUACCCAUUUGGAAGUAACAGCAGUCUUCACAAAGCACUACAGAAACAGACCAACACUAAAGGAGAUGACCGGCUUGGGUCUUUAUCCUCAUUAAACUCUUUCAGUGCAUCUUUCAAAAACUCCAAAUUUUCAGUUUUCACCAAAAUGGCAUCAUUCAGGAAAAGCAAAGCCUCAAUGCAAGAGCGUCAAACUGAAAGCAACAGCAAGGGUGGAAAUCGAAGUCAACUAGCCAGAGAUGCAGAUGAGAAUAAAACACAAACAAAGGACAACACAAAUGGUACUCUGAUGUAUAAAGUGCAUUACCCUAGUUAUAAAGCUCACUUGUCUUAUCAGUUCAGGAGUAGCAACAAGACUGAAUGCCCUACAUUAGAUGGAUCAGAUGAUGAUGAUGAUGAUGAGGUUUUUGAAAUAAGUAGCCUGGUGAGUCAAAGUGUGAAAAGUACAUUUGGCACUGAUAGCCUACAGGAUGCAGAAGACAUGGAAGAAGUUCACAGAGUGGCAGAAAAUGGCCGACAUUUCCAUAGCAGGAGUACAGACUCCAUGGAAGGUGAUGAUAGUAAUGCUGAGGAGCAAAACAUCAAAAUACCUCCUGCGACAGAAAACAAGUGCAAAAAAAGCAAAAGUGCCGACAGCCUUAAUCUUAGAAUGAAACGGGCUUUUGCCAAUAAGUCGCUUUCCGUGUUUUUUGAAACAAAAUCUGGAGACAAAGAAAAUGCUAAUCAAAAUUCUAAAUCUCAUAAGAGAAAUGAUGGCGAUGAAGGGAAGUCAAGGCAUUUGCCCUGGAGAAAAUUUAUGAAACCGAGUGAAUCAGAGUCCACAAAGGCAUCAAGUCCAUUGAGCACUUCAAAUACAACCGGUGGGGAAAAUCAAGCUGUAAGGACACAGUCUCAGGUGCACAGUGAAUAUGCAAAGAGGAUCUCCAUGGAUCAGGUAGAAAAAAAACCCUUUUCAGUGGCCUCAUCACCCUCAUCUCCUCAGGCACUAAGUAAAGCCCAGUUUUCUGAUAGCUCUCUUGAGCAAGAUGACAUUAUGAAGCUGGUGGGACAGAGGGUUAAAAGGACAUCUCCAAACGGAUUGAGACUUAAAUUGACAUUUGACAGUUGUUUAGAAACUGAAGAUGGUCUCAAAACCACACCAAAUCAAUCUACUCCAAAUGCCUUAUGGAAUCAGUUAAGCCCAACAUGGAAUAGACCUGGUGUGAUUUCAGAAUGCUUUGAUGCCACUUUCCCUGCGAGGCCAAUGAGUCCUAAACCCCAAAGUCCAAGGUCAAGUUUUCGGAGAAGCUUCCGCAGCAGCAACAGAGCUAGUACAUCAUCCUGGACUUCCCUUGACUCCAGCAGGACAGUAGAUGGAGUGUUAGAAGGACCUGAAAGACCAACAGCAUUGAAACCAAGAGGAAAUCUUCUUCUUUCAGUGCAAUCGCUGAAUUAUGAAUGCCAGAAAGAAGACAGUGGCAUUACUAGUCAAUCACAGACAAGUCUAAAUACAACUUCCUCAGCCAUUGAUAUUGCCAAAGAUGAGGAAGUAAGUAAACAUCCAAACCAGACAGCACAGGAAAGGAAUUCAAGCGUGUCAACUGUUCUGCGAAACCACCACCAGAACCAUCUGCGCCAGCGACCUUUUUCAGACCUUGGGCAAGCAGCCUGGCUAUUUGAUCGCACUGAACCUGAAGGGAAAUGUAAACUAGACAGUGAGGAUGAGACAGAAGAGAUAUCUUUACCGCCUUACAAACGUUGCAGCUUGGAUGAAUUACUGUUGGAAGAAGCUAGGACCAGACGGAGAAAGUUGGUUGAAGAUCUUGAGAACGGCAGAACAAGGCAUGGCAGGACCAAUGCUGAGCUGUGCAAUGAAGUCAGAAGGAGAUAUUCCUUUCUAUCACCUCUCUCUGCUACCUUCAAAGAUAUUCCCCUGAAGUUUCUUACAUUCUCCCAGAGCACACCGACAGGACUCGACUGCAUAGGAUAUAAACGGUGGAUGGCAACUCCUGUUAUCAAUGAUGGCGCACCAGAUAAAACUGCUUUUGCUGAUGAAGCAGGGAGUGAGGAGGAUUUGUAUGAGGACUAUCGGAGUGGAAAUCACCGGUAUGGGCACCAAGGAGGAGGCGGAGAACAGCUGGCCAUCAAUGAGCUCAUCAGCGAUGGCAGUGUGGUGUAUGCAGAGGCUCUAUGGGACCAUGUCACUAUGGAUGACCAGGAGCUGGGCUUCAAAGCUGGUGAUGUCAUUGAAGUAGUGGAUGCUACCAACAAAGAGUGGUGGUGGGGAAGAAUCGCGGACAGUGAAGGCUGGUUUCCUGCCAGCUUUGUGCGGUUGUGGGUCAACCAGGAUGAACCCAUGGAAGAAUAUCCAGUCAAGGUUGAGGACGGAAAACCCGAUGAUGCCAACAGUGCCAACCGCCGCCUGGCCACAGGCCAAUCAAAGAAAGACCAGAUGAGGACCAAUGUCAUCAGUGAGAUUAUGAGCACAGAGAAUGAUUAUAUCAAACAUUUAAAGGAUAUCUGUGAGGGUUAUGUUAAGCAGUGCCGAAAAAGGACAGACAUGUUCACAGAGGAGCAGUUACGCACCAUCUUUGGGAACAUUGAAGACAUUUACAAAUUCCAGAAGAAAUUCCUGAAAGGUCUGGAGAAGAAGUUCAACAAAGAUCAGCCCCACCUGAGUGAGAUUGGUUCCUGCUUCCUUGAAUAUCAGACAGAUUUCCAGAUAUACUCAGAAUACUGCAACAACCACCCCAAUGCUUACACUGAGCUCUCCAAACUCAUGAAGAUCAACAAGUACGUGUACUUUUUCGAAGCGUGCCGGCUGCUUCAGAAGAUGAUCGACAUCUCGCUGGACGGGUUUCUGCUCACACCAGUCCAGAAGAUCUGCAAAUAUCCACUCCAGCUGGCAGAGCUGCUUAAGUACACCAAUCCUGAGCACAGAGAUUAUAAUGACGUCGAGGCUGCACUGAAUGCCAUGAAGAAUGUUGCCAAAUUGAUUAAUGAGCGCAAGAGGCGGCUGGAAAACCUCGACAAAAUUGCUCAGUGGCAGAGUUCAAUCGAGAAUUGGGAGGGUGAAGAUGUUUUGGCACGAAGCUCAGAGCUUAUCCACUCUGGCGAAUUAACAAAGGUCUCCCAGCCUCAAGCCAAGAGCAAACAGCGAAUCUUUUUCCUCUUUGACCAUCAGGUGGUCUUUUGCAAGAAGGACCUCCUGAGACGUGACAUCUUGUACUACAAAAGCAGGAUAGACACGGACAGCAUGGAAGUGGUGGAUGUAGAAGAUGGGAAGGACAAGGACUUCAACAUUAGUGUCAAGAAUGCUUUCAAACUUCAAAACAAGUUCACAAAUGAGGUCCACUUGUUCUGUGCAAAAAAGUCCUCAGUGAAACAACGCUGGCUUCAAGCCUUUGAAAAUGAAAGAAAACAGGUUCAACUCGACAAAGAGACGGGCUUUGCUAUCACAGAAGUUCAAAAGAAGCAGGCCAUGAUGAAUGCAAAGAAAUCACAUCCAACUGGGAAACCUAAAGCUGUCACCAGGCCUUACUAUGACUUUCUGACAUUGCGACAGAAACAUCCAAUGCUGCCCUCGACCGUCCCCCAACAGCAGGUCUACAUGCUGGCUGAGUCCAAACGCAAACCAUCUAAUUUCUGGCAGAACAUCGGGAGACUGACACCAUUCAAGAAGUGAAGGGACAGCUUAGUGAACUCGAAUAAAUGCCUUUCCAAGGGAGCACUUUAGCGACCAGUUGCAAUCAGAAUGAUCGUCUGCUCUGUGUGUGUGUGUGUGUGUGUGUGUGUGUGUGUGCUCACACACCAACACAAGCUGUAUGUACUAUUACAUCACGGCAAUCUCCUCACUGGGAGGAGAUGGCAUAUCCUGAGUCCAGUAAUCUUUACAGUCAGAGCACACCACCCUAAUCUGACCAUCAAAAUUGUCAGCAGAAGAGUUGCCUAAAUACAUAAUCACAUAGGUAAAUAGAGUCAGGUUCCAUGUUCUCUCUGAAUCCCACAAAACAAAUUUUUUGCUUUCUAUUUAGGUUGGAAAGCAUUGUGAGUUUUUAUAUAGGGAAGGUGCAUCCUGUAGCUGCACAGAGUGUAGAUUUUUAUUGAAUGGUUUGGUGAAUUUGUAAAACUGUGGAAGCAUCAGGAAACAGAAAAACUCUACUGUAAACAAACAGGUUUCCGGAGACUUCUUGAUUGCAGCAGUUUGGCCUUCCUCUGCAUUUUCACUGGAAUGAAACAGUGUGUGCCUAUGUGCAAAGGAUUCAAAUUAUUUAAAACAGUCGGUGAACUUGCAUCAUGCUAUUCAAAAUCUUUUUGUCAAUCUUUUAGUGAAGAAGAUGCUGAAUUAACUACGCAAAACUGAAAUAUUUAGGGUUCCUAAAUUGCAAACAGCACUGGUGUUGCUAGACUACAGUCUGAGUUGGUGCCAGCAAUGCAGAAAUAGAAGCAGCAUCUACAAUUAAACCAAGGGUCUACAAUUGUUCCUUUCAUCUCUUGUACCCAGGCUUUAACCCAUUGCAGAUGGGUGGGGUGAAGAUCUCUUCCCUCUCACAUCUACAGGGCUCCUGAGCAAAACUAGUUCGCGCAGUGAGGUCAGCACUGCACUCAUAAUUGGCACUGAAAUAAUGAUAGUGUGUGGUCAGCUCCUCAAAUAUUUACAGUAUUACCUUUAUCACAAAAUAAAAGAUAAGGUUAAAUUUAAUCAGUGCAUAGGAGGAGAGAGUGACAUACCAAAUUGUUAUGUGCUAAUGUUUAUAAAUGAGUUGUGUAAAUAUUAACAAAAUGAUUUAUUUAUGUAUAUUGAAUUUAUUGUAUUUGCUGUUUGGCUUCUCCAUGUUCUUUCUGGUACAAAUGCCUUAUUAAGGAAUGCACUUACCCAAUUGCUUGCUUGUUUUCCCCUGGUGUGGAAGCAAUUUUACUUCAGAAUAAUUAAUUUCUUUUUCCAAGAAAAAAUUUAAAAGACAUUUUGAGAAACGUAAUGAUUUUAGUCAUUUGUUUUGAGUGGUGGUAAGACUGGAUGAUACAGUUCCAAAGUUUACUGCUCUGCCUUCUAGCUAGACUUCAGAGCUCAGGAGACAAUUUCUUGUAAAGAAAUGUUGGUUUAUUAGACAAAUAUCAACUCAAAUGCUGUAAAUCUGAAUAGCAAAUGAACACACUUGGGUCUAUUGAGCACAGGAGGAUGAAAGCAGCAGUUGACCACAAGGCCGUGUUGUAAUGUCACCAAGAUUUUCAGUAACAUCCAUUCAAACUGUAAAACCCAAUGCACUGAAGACUGGGGCUAACACAACAGACUGAGUUCUAGCAAUAUUUUGCAUUAUUCCUUUCAAAGGCAACAGAAUAAUUGUUCAGACACUUUAAUUAAAAAGAAACACAUAGCAGCCAGUAAUCUGUAGCACAAAUGCAUUGAUGUAAUUAAAUUAUCAUUUAAUAGCCAACAGGUUCUAGUCAAAAGGGAAGGAGUGUCAAGGGAAAUAAUUCUCCCCCUCCCUAUUGUAAAUAGAACAAAAUAUUCACAUCCCUAUUAAUUUUGUUUUUCAUUUUGUAGUAGCAUCAGUCUUAUUCCCUUCAGCAAGACCACUUUGCUGGCAUACCCUGGGUUGGUCCCUUUUCCAACAGUGGGGACUGCAAUUUUAAAAUGGACCGAAGCUGUGGAACCCUGAACAAUCCAAAUACAAACUGAGAGGUCGACUUCCCCACUGCUGGUGUGGACUUGCACAGAUCACAUGACUUGCAGUUCCUGUCAAUUGCAAAGGAGCAGCUCAGUGACCAGCAUGGGCACUGCUAUCGGUGAUAUGACCAGAGUAGUUCAGCAACGAGAGGACUGAGGAUCUCCACUUGCUUAGGAACAUCGACAGUGCUACAAAAACAACAAAUAAAACACCAGUGUUAUUUUUCUAUGCUUCUCCUUUAAAAGAUAAUAUGAUAAUCAAUCUCCCCCUUCCGCAUUGAUCGCUAAAAUACUCCCAGAUACACUUCACAGUAACCCAAAUGACUGUGGAUUCUUGGAUUUAAGUCUCCACUACAGGCACAGUGCCAAUGCAGAACAAUUACUGAACUAUUUCAAUCAACAGUAAAAGGAGAAGGAAAGUUUGCUGGGAGAACAUCCUAUUCUAACUUGUCAGUCAUAGCAAUAUCUUUGAUUUUCCAUCUUUUUGUUUUAAAUCCUCUUAGAGAUUGUCAUUUGGUAUCUCUGCUUCCCUCCAAAGCUACUCCAGGAAGAGGAUCUAUUAACUAAAAUGGGAAUUAGCCUUUCAGAAUGAUUAGGGGUCAUCUAGAACUGCUCAACACUGACUGUAGCAGGGCAGAAGCGAGUGUUUUACAUACCCCCACCAGUUCUAUCAAUUUCAAUUAGGCCCCAGGAUUAGGCCUUUUUACCCUUCAAGCCAAUGGUGUCCAUUGGUGACUAAGGAGAUAUGAUAGCUGGUAUUCAAAAUUAUAAGGAAUUUUUGUAAGGUAAAUAAAGGAAAAAUAAUUUCCACUGGUCAGAGAGCAUCAAUGUCAUAAAUUUACUAUCACUAAAAAUAGUGAAGGAAGAGGUUAUAGGGAUUGCUUUUACAUAGCUGGUUUGUUAGGACAUGGGAUGCCCUACCAGAAACAGCAGUGAAAGCAGAAAUAAUUACGAUUUGUAAAAAGUCACAAAAAAUUUGAAGAAGAAGAUGAAAGAAGGGAUAUUGGGCAAGUGCAAGGGAAGGGGACUGUGAAGAGCUUUAUCAACGAGCCAGAAUAGAUACUGUGAGCACGAUGGCCACCUUCUGUGCCAGAAAAUUCAAUGGUUCUAGGAGGGGUUAUGAACAAUAUCAAUGUCACUUGAAUGACUUAGGCGGAAGUUGAAAUGCAAAAUAUUGACCAUAUUAAACAAAAAUAGAGGAACGUACAUGGUCCACAUAUUUAAAUGGAGAAGCACUUUGAACCCCUCAAACUUCCCUUUCUUUAUAACUUAUUCUAGUGUAUAGGCCACAUUCGUUCGGUCCUGCUCAAAUACUUAUGAGUUCAUGAUUCAGACACUUUCUGUUUAGUUCUCUCAGUUUGUUUUCCACUCAGCUUUUCUUAUAGCUCAUCUUCUCAGUGGAUGAACUUCCCCAACUACACCCCGCUUCUAGUUUUUGACUACAUUGUCCAGUCUUGGGCCAAACUACCUGAUGAAAUACUAAUGGAUAGAUUUUCAACAUGAUGCGCAGGCAUCAAACAGACGACACAGAUAGGCUGGCCAUCAUAGUAGCUGCCCCUUUUAAUUUUCAGUAAUUUGUAAGAAAAAAGUUAGUCACUUUGAUGACGAGCAGCCAAUCCACAAUGAUAGGUUUACACCCAGGUGGCAAAUUGAAAUGAUUUUUAAAAACCACCAGAAAAAGCCCAAUUUCUGGAAGCUUCCGAAGAUUUUUUCAUAUGCACAAGGUAAAUAUAAAAUUUCAGCCAUUUGUACAACAGUGAUAUUGUCUAGGAGGAAACCAAUUGAUUUAAACAUUUUCAUGCUGAUGUGCAGCAGGGUCUGCAUUUAUAGUGUGAAUCCUCCAUGUCCUCCCUCAACUCUCUCCGAAUAAACAUCCUUUCCCCAUGUCCAUCUUUGGAUGGGGAGAAAUGUAGCUAGCCACUCAACCUCAAGUUUGGUUCCAAGGUACUGGUUGAGAAUCUCUGGUACUGUUUAAAUAAAUCAGCUGUUUAAACAACAUCACCACCGAGCACCAUCAGAUCUCAGCCGAGGACAUACUAUGCCCACACAGCAAAGCUGAGACAUGCUAAGAUUUCAUGUAAAAACCUGCAUAUUUGACCAAAGUCCACCUACCAUAUUUCACAGGAUUAUCUUGUGCACUUAGCUUGGAUGUGCAGCUCCUAGAUUUGUUUUUUUUUAAUUCUCACCGCUAUAUCAAUGCAAGUUCCUUCUUCCCUAAGGGCUGCUUUACAUUCCCUCCAUUUGCCACAGUUAAACAGAUACUCCUGUUAUUUGAGUUUGCUGACAUCUGUUAACUGUAAAAAGCUUCCUUCUUACUCAGGAAUGAGUAUCACUAACUGAAAACUUGAGAUUUACAAUACGAUAAAAAAAACGUUGAUCUCAUCCGUGUUUCACUGAAGGAUAGCGCAGUGUAAACCGAGGUGCUGAAUAAGAUAGUGUUUUCCUCAGAAAGUUAGAUAUUUAAAGCUUUUGACCAUUGUUGCCAUGUAAAGCCAUUACAUGCUGAACUUCAGCCUGUUGGGAUGAGCAAGAAUGCUAUAGCUGUUAGCAAAAUGAAUUACAUUAGGACACACACUUUUGAGACAUUACACUAAUUUGCCUCAUGACUAUGUUUUUGAAUGGCAAACGCAAUUGAAUUUAAGAACACAAAAUUAUCCUUCUUUAUUUCUUUAAAUUGCAUUAGCAAUUUUAUAUUAGCUUUUUAAACACACCUUUUUAAAUUAAUGUUACCAAAAUUCUGAAUAUAACAGGAAUGACUCUUGGAAAAGAAAAUUAAUUUAAUAUUGUUUGAAAACAAUGCGGUUCCUAUACAUUCUGAUGGUUGGUAGUGUACACUAUAAUUAACCCAUUUAUAUAUUUUUAAAUGUUUCAACUAAAGGGUAGAACCACUUUUAAUGAGAUGAAUUCCAUGAAAAACCAACUCAUUAAUCUUGGUCAACAAUCUUCUCCACAUAAUUUGAAGGCAACAAUUUGAUUGAUUAUGCUUUGAAUUUCGAUUCAAGUUCAUCUUCACAGGACACUCCAAUGUGGCAGGUGAUGUUAAGUAGCUAGUAUGUCAUCACUACUGACCAGCAAACUGGGGCUGAAUGCAUAGAAACCUUUCAUCUCACUUAAUCCAAAGCCCUCCCUCACAAAUAAACAUUUUUUAAAAAUGAACUUUUCAACUGACUAAGCUUACAGUGCCAUGAGCUUUUGGUGCCACAGUGUUUUGCACACCAUGCUCUGUAGUUACAAGUACUGCCAUACUGUUUUUGUAUUUCUCUCCUCAUGGAAAGUUACAGACAGAAUUUUAUUUCUGUUGCCUUUCUCACCAAAAGUCUGUCAUCGUCUUGCACUGUGAUACAACAGUGCGUAAUUAUUUUGGUACCAUUCUAUGGAAGACAUAAUGGGGUAGACCUAAACUUUGUGCAAGAGAUAUAAAACGGAUGACAGCGUGUCAGCAUGCCAUUUUACAUCUCUCCUGAUCUUUAUUUUCAAUGAAUCGAGAGAGAAAUGAAAAGGGCAGAUGACUCACUAUCAGCUAUUAUGCACUAUGGCACAAAGUCAGGAGUUAGCCCAUUCUGUUUUGUUCAGCAAAUCUUUGUGGGUUUAGUCCUCUCUUACCUAAUUCAUUCAGAUUGUGUCACUGUACCACUGAAGGCAAUGUGGGAUUUUGCAUCCUGACUCCUGCAGUGGGGCCUCACUGUUGCAAGCAAAGCUGCUGCAAAGCAAGGCCUAACCCAAGGCUCUCAAAACUUAGCGUAAUGUUUCUGACAACUGGGCACUGAGCUUCUCAACAUGCCUGGUCCUUCACUGGUGUUGUCUCAAACAUUGCUGAUCAAAAGCUUUCAUGAAAACAAGAUGUAUCCCCCUACUAUGCUAUCCUUUUUAAGUGAAAGAUUCUCCGUUCAUGAUUUAUAGCAAUGAUAUGUAGUCUGGUUUGUUUCCUGUAUUUAAAUACCAGAUUAAACCACUGAACUUGGCUCAACAAAAAGGUUGUGCUUAAACCAAUUUUAUGUCAAUGUACAACAAGGUAAAGCACAUUAAGUUGAGUUGAUUUACAAUGAUCUAGUUCAGAUCAAUGAAUUACAAUGAAUUCACUUUCUACAGUCUGUACACUGCAUAUAACAUGGGCCCACUGUUAUCAAGAGACUGCUUUUUAAGUACAACCUGCUGCAGCUCAGGUGUUACAUGAGAUGUGCCAUGUCAUGGCAACAAGCACGUGGCGCUGUGUUGUUUUAUAUGUGGUAUCUGUUUAUACCUUUUGUGAAUCGAUGGAAAAAUCAAGAGUGCCAAGCUUCCUAAAGGCCCUGUAAUUGGAAGCAUUAGGAGUUGAAGGUCAGGAGAUACCAGUUUGUGUUCAUACACACAUGGCAAACUCCUGUUUUUUUCAUCUGUGGCUCUGGAAUAACCAUCAACAUUAUAAUGUUUUAACAGUAUUUUUGAAAUCUAUGGUGUAGCUUUCAAAUGACUACAGUACUAAUAUGAUUAGUUCAUUCUGUGCCGCCAAGACCAGUUGUAAUUUUUUGUACAUACAACUCUCUUUUGAUUUGUCAACCAGUUUUGUAGCUCUUGUGUUCCAGGAGCAAUUGAGUUUAGGGAUCCAGUUUUUAUUUCCUUGAUUUGUGUGCUAGACACUUGUGAUAUGCAAGUAGAAUUUGCUGAAAAAUACAUGUUUGUAUAAAUUCUCUCUUUGUACGUGGAUGGUUGUUUACAUAAGCACUUCAAGCACGAUAUGGGGAAUAAAAUGUUUUCAUUGUGUCAAGAAA